AUGCUGGCUUCCAGGGCACUCAGCAGCCCAUCAUCCACUAAACCCCCUGUCAGCCUCUCCCCAGCCUUCUUCUGCAGCUGUCAUUGGCCCACCGUCAGCGAAUUUCCCCUGGUUGACGUCCAGUCCCUUCAUUGCUUCUUUUCUUGCUCUCUUUCUCCUUUGCCUGUCAACGACUCGAGCAAUUCUCUUGCCCGCUGCCGCUCGACAAUCCAUUACCUCGAGAUCGAGGCCGACACCGUACACGACGACGAGUCUACAGACGCCACUGACUUCAAUCCAACAUUCACUCUUGGCGCUACCGAUUUGAGUCUAGCAGCAUCUCACAGUUGUCGCAUUCCUUCGUUCUCUGUCUCUGCGUUUGUCUUCCGCCAACACCGGCUCCGUGCACAGGCAAUUAGCGCCCAGCCUCAGUCUCCAGGACAUAGCCAACAAGCUGACGACGGCUUUGGUCUCGAACUCGACAUCGAUCUCACUCACGACCUCGCCAUUUCUAGCGAGCGCGGUCGUCCAGGCGGCCGUGCCGACAACCUGUUUCCAACGGAUCCCCAACUCUCCCGACCAUCUCCCUCCAACCCCAUACCGGCCGCCGUAGAUGCCCCCGGCAACCCUCUAAUACUGAGCCUCGAACCCCCAAGGCCCGCCUAUCCCGGAACCGGCUCAUCUUCUGGUCAAGCCGCCGUUGCUGCUGCUGCCUCAAAUAGCCAGCGCCAGCCAGCUCGACCCUUUGACGGUUACCAAACAUCCGCCUUUCACCCUUCGCCAUUUCGACCUCAGAAGGCUGCUGGAGUUGCUAAUCGUCCUCGUCGGUUAUCAGCUGUCCGCCUCUGGAAUCCUACAAAUUCGACUCCUCGGCCUCAUACCAAACCCGAAUCGUCGCGUAAACGUCGUCCUUCAACUCCACCACCACCGUCCAUUCCUCUCAAGCAUCCGACAUUCGAUACCCGAGCGCUGCCCGACCCCAUAGGUACUGGGCCUAGCGAUUAUCCUCUUCUUACGCUUUCCGAACAACGUCAGAUAAGGCAUUCUUUGACGCCUCGCGCAAGCCUUCAGGUUGAUAGGGCCGGCAGUAGUGACCGGCGCAUAAGCCUACCGAAUUCUGUGCGCGCUUCUUACGACGAGAAAGGGUCUCGGAGGGGUGCAGUGUCCGCCGAAGAACCACGUCUUAGUAGGGACCUGUUUGCUCAGGAGACUGUGGUGGAAGAUCCAAUCGUCAAGAUUGACAAGGGCAAAGGGAAGGCUGUGAUGAUGCCAGAGACCGACGAUCCUAUGCCGUCUUAUGGCAAGGAUCUGGAGCGUGGUCCUGACAUCAUGGACCCGCGGAUUUCUAACGUCUCGGCUGGCGAUGGAAUAGGAUCUGCUCUGUCGACGACGAAUUCUUCUAUUAUGGGUGAAGAUGUUGAGCCUGAUGCAGCUGGUGAAUGGGGUCCUCAGCAUCCUUGCUAUCCUCACCUUAAUCCUCAUGUUCCCGUCGGCUCAUCUGAAUAUGUCAACACGCGUAUUAUCCGAAUACGUCGCGAUUGGUUGAUCAAGGGUGAUUUGGCACCGACAUUUUCCAACCUAUAUCCUGAGAUCCUGGAUCCUGCUGGUCUAUCCGAGCAAGAAUUCCGCCGGAUUAUCGAGAAACUUAAUGGUGAAUUGAUUACUGCGUUUGACCCUUACGGCUUGCGAAACAUAAUUGAUAGUCUCCUUGGACUGGUCACCGGUUGGGUUUGGGAUGACGUUGGUCUCACUGGCAUCAAGUCUCGAUUGAAUAAUCUCGAGAAGUGGAUCGAGCAAUGGAAUCUUGAGAUGGAAAAAACGAUUGGUUCUGAAGAUGGUGCUAUUCCACCUAAGAUUUUGCCUCUGCGACAAACAGGCUACAUGACGCUCGAUAUUCAGAUUCCCGAUCCAGAGAUUGCACCAGCUCCCAGCACUACGAACCCCAAUGAUUCCAGGACAGCCUUACCUUUGGAGCCUACAUCUGCUGUUGUUUAA